UUCUUAAAAUUUUCUUAUCAACAACAUACCUGAGUGCAAGAAGCCUUCAUAACUCAUGAUUGUUACAAGAGAAUGCAAUCCAUUUGGAUUUAUAUUGAAUUGUUUCUUAUAAUUAAAUACGCAAUAACCUUAUCAUAUGACUCAUCUGAUGAAGAGAAAAUCGUUAUAAAACAAAAAUGGGAUAAAUGCUGCAUAAAAAAUAUUUGUGAGAAUAAUUCCUGCUACUUUGUCAUACGGAGAUCUUCUACUUGGGCAGCCACUCGACAAAGAUGCCAGAGUAUAUAUCCAGAUUAUCCAUCCUUGAUUGAUCUUACUCAAAUACGCAAUGAAUACGAUUUGGAAAUAUUAUCAAACAUGACAUUAAGAAAAGCAGAAUCUGCAGAACAAAGAAAAAUUUGGACAAGUGGAAUAAGUUGUCCCAAAGGAAAAGAUGGGACAGAUGGACAAAUGACUAAAUGGACAAAUUCAGACAGCCCUUUUCAAGAAUGGUUACAGAAUAGAAUUAGAUAUAACUAUUUAUCUAACAGUGGCUGCACAUUUUUAGCCUUUACUCCAGCAAACACUGUUUCCGAUAUUGAAUUAGAGUUCGAGGAUCAAAGAUCUCAUCAUUUAGGGAUGUGUGAAUUCCUUUUACCUGAAGACAUUCUAAAUAUCACUUUUCCUGGAACUACAACUAGCUCUCGAACUACAACCGCUAUGCUAACAAGCCCUAAAGUAAAGAGCAAAACUUUGGGUCCAGGUUUUUAUAAAUCUACAAAAGAAGUCACAACAAUAUCUACUUCAAGCCCAACAACCACAAAUACAAAUAACACACAGUUUUGUAACGGAACACGGGAAGCUGAAAUUGAUUGGCCACCUACAGCAGCUGGUGCAACAGCAAAUGAAAGUUGCCCUGAAGGAAUGACUGGAUACGCACAGUGGUUUUGUAAUGCAACAAACUUAAAAUUCACACCUCCAAAACCGGAUAUCCAAGAGUGUAGCCAUGUUUGGAUUAAAGAUUUAGAAGAUAACGUUGAUGAUGGAAAAGAUGCAGUCGAUAUAUCAGCUAAGUUAGCUGAAGAAACAAAGAAACAAAAUAUGUCUCAUGGGGAUAUAACAGCUUUGGUGAAACUUUCAACAAAAAUUAUGCAUUUAUUUUCGACGCAGAUAAAAUAUACAAGAGAAAAUAAAUCUUAUGUCUUUACUCAUUCUAUGGUGUCAUCCAUGAGCAAUAUAUUAAGAGAUGAGACCAAAGAUGCUUGGUCAGUUUUGCCUGUGAAUCAUCAAACCCGAGCUGCAAGCAAGAUUCUUCAAAUUGUAACAAUCAUUGGAAGUCACCUUAGCUGCAUUAAAAGAAAUUCCGAGGGUCAACUUCAAUUUACAGUUCAAGCCCAAAAUAUAGACCUUCAAACAUUUAUCAUGAAUGAAGAAAAAGAGGCUGAUCAAAUAGUUUUUCCACAAAAGGUUAAAGGAAUAGACAGUUCUCUCAUUGUACCUGCUAAUUUAAAUUGGAGACGGCCUUACUUAGUUUGUAAUGACUACAACACAGCUGUAGGAGUGCUUUACAGACGUGUUGGUGACUUUCUAAAAGAAGAAAAUGACACCGAACGAAAAGUUGUUACCCAAGUCAUUAGUUUCUCUCUGAACAAUGACACAAAAAGUUUAAUAUUACCAGAAGGAAAAUUGGUCACAAUAGUUCUCCGGCACAACUUGAACGAUGAUAAACGACGCUUAUUUUGCAUGUUUUGGAAUUUUUCCAAGUCUAAAUAUGGUAAAUGGGAUGAUUCAGGUUGUUCUUUUAUUUCUUCAAAUCAGACUCAUGUGACUUGUUCAUGUAACCAUCUAACAAAUUUUGCUGUUCUCAUGGACGUUAACAAUAAUGUGAAAGAAGAUGAUAUUCUUUCGUUGAUGACGUAUGUCUGUUGUGGUAUGUCAUCAUUAUCUUUAGUCAUAACAUUGAUAUGUUUUCUAAGCAUAAGAUCUUUGCAUGGAAGAAGAGGCAUAAUAACUGGUAAUUUGUGUCUUGCACUAUUAAUUACAAAUUUACUCAUUUUAUUCGGUUUGGAUAAAACUGGAAAUAAAACCCUUUGUGCCAUCAUUGCUGCAUUUCUCCACUUUUGGAUUCUAUCUGCCUUCAGCUGGAUGCUCGUAGAAGGCUAUCAUUUAUAUAAAAUGGUUGUAUUAGUUUUUGAAAGAGGAAAUCAGCUAUCAGUUAAAGCUUAUUAUUGCUUUGCAUAUGGAAUGCCUUUAAUCAUUGUUGGCAUUUCAUUUGGGAUUAAGACUGACUUUUACGGAGGAGAUACUUAUUGCUGGUUAUCAUCAGAGGAUGGACUCAUGUGGAGCUUUGUUGGUCCUGCCUGCGCAGUUAUUUUAAUCAAUAUUGUAGUUUUUAUUCUGACUCUUCGUUCCGCUUCAAGUGUAAGAAUAAAGCGAGAGCAGACCACACUUAAGAAAAUCAAAAACUGGGCUCGUGGAUCAAUGUCUGUAAUGUGCUUACUAGGUCUGACUUGGUGUUUGGGCCUUUUUUAUAUAGACAGGAAACUACAAGUAUUUUCUUAUAUUUUCACAAUUUUCAAUGGAUUGCAGGGAGUAUUCAUAUUCUUAUUCCAUGUGCUCCUAAAUGAAAAGGUUCUUAACUGGAGUGGCAACAAAAGUUGUUGGAAAAAGUAUUCUCAGCAAACAUCGAGCAAUCAGUUGCACAGCAAGUUAUCAACAAGAACAAGCGUGAACAGUUUAGGGUGUGCAUCAAUGGCCCAUACAAGACAACCAUCCAAUCUGACACCACAUCGCAAGUCAAGUAGAGAAAAUAUAAAUGCAUAUAGAGCAAAAAUAAAGGGUAAAAAAAACUGGAACAGUGAAAAUUUUAAAUCCAAAGAGAAAGCAACUCACACAGUAUCAGAAAAUGGAAUCUCAAAUUUCCAUCCGCAACGUCGAUAUAAAACAAGAUCUCAAUCAUUCCCGGAAGAUGCACACGAUUACAAUAAUAUAGAAUAUAUCACAAGAAAUAAUAAUAAUAGAACAUCUGUAAGGAAUUGUUUACAGUGAUAUGUUUAUGGAAAAAAGGCACUGUGAUGUAUUUUAGAUGAAUUUAUGUAUUUAGAUGCAUUUUAGUCUUUCUUGUAUCUAUUAGAAUUUUUAUUAAAAUAAAAAAAGUAUUAUUCUUUA